AUGACGAAUUGCGAUCAGAAAAUGCUGUCAACUGAUGAGGAUAGAGCUAAGCAAGUGGUGUUAGUCACUGGAGCAUCCGGGUAUGUGGCUCUACAUUGCGUCCAACAACUAUUAGAUGCUGGUUACAGUGUUCGUGGAACGGUUAGAAGCAAAAACAACACUCAUAAGGUUUCUCCUCUGCUUCGCCUUCGCCAUGCAAAAGAACGAUUGGAACUCGUUGAGGCGGAUCUACUGAAUGAAGAGGAUUGGACUAGAGCCGUCAAUGGCUGCACAUUUAUUCUACAUGUUGCAUCACCAUGGCCGAUAGUGGCGGAUGAGUUCACAAUCAAAACUGCUGUGGACGGGACUCUUCACGUGUUACACGCAGCAUCGAUGGAACCAUCUGUGAAAAAGGUGGUCCUGACAAGCAGUUGCUCGGCAAUCAAUGAUGGACAUCCAAACGACUCACAAAUAUUCGACGAAACAUGUUGGACUGAUCUGGAUAGUCCGAAUGUUGAUAACUAUGCGAAAAGUAAAACAAUGGCUGAGAAAGCAGCAUGGGAAUUCUGGAAUACACUGGACUACGACGACCGUUUCGCUUUAACAGUUCUUAAUCCGACGUUUAUCAUUGGCCCGGUGCUUUCAGACUGUGAGAAUGGCAGCGCUACAAUAAUCGGAAGAAUGAUGGAUUGCCGUACGUAUUUAUCUUCGCCAAAAGUUAGCCUAGGAAUAGUGGAUGUUCGUGAUGUUGCUAAGGCCCACGUUGAAGCACUAACAAGAAAGGAGACGGAUGGAGAGCGUAUUUUGAUCUCAGCACGAUCGGUUUGGUUCAAGGAUAUGGCGAGGUGGUUACGAAGAGAGUUUAAAAAAAUGGGAUAUUCCAUAACCCAUUCGGAGGCGCCAAAUUGGAUCCUAAAACUUUAUAACGCCCUAAAAAUUGACAUACAUGUGGCCGCGGUUGUACAUCGAGUGGGCCCGGAACUACAAUUCGACAACACAAAGUCCCGCGAACUUCUCGGGCUGACCUACACGGAUGUUCGAAAAUCGCUCAUCGAAAUGGUGCACAGUAUGAUCCAGUACGGUAUGGUCCGUAAAACAUCUGGAUACGAGAAAUGGAUGAAGAAGGAGAAGAAGAAGAUGACAAUGGUGACGAACCGAGCACAGUCAUAG